UCCUCAUUGGGCAGAGGGAGGCCAAUAAAUGGCAAAUGUUGGAUAUGGUCUCUAAUUAAUUAUUUACCGAAUGCCGACGUCUUUGUUCUUGUUCUUGCAUUGGAUUGCUGUCACCGCGGUGCAUUAACUCUGAAUAAAUUUCACCUCCGGAUUGCCAACUCUACCCUUUACAUUAUACACCAAUACGCCAUCAUAUACUAGUAAAGUUAAAACAAACUUGGGGGUGACUUAGUCAUAUACCCAACUAUUAUUGCGUGCCAUUAGACUAACAUUCACUCUCCCCCUAUAAGAUCCACCUCACCAACGAAGCAAAACACCUACACUUAACCGUCGCUUAACAGCACUCAAACAUGAUGACGAUCCCUUUCUUUCUCUUAACAACUAGCCUCCUUUGCCUCUCCUCCGCCGCCGCAUCAAAGCAAGGUGCACCUCGAGAUCUGGUCCGUUCAUCGUGCGUCCAUGCCAGCUACCCUAGCCUCUGCCUCCGUACCCUCUCUUCCUACUCUGGCCCCGCCAACACCCCACGCGACUUAGCCCAGGCUGCAGUCAAAGUCAGCCUCUCCCGUGCCCGGAAAGUGUCUAACUACUUAACAACCAGUGUGACGGGGAAGAGCAAGAGGGAACGAGGUGCACUGAGUGACUGCGUGGAGCAGAUAGCUGAGUCGGUGGACGAGUUGAGCAGGACCCUCGGGGAGUUGAAGCAUUUGAGAGGGGAGACGUUCGAGUUCCAGAUGAGUAAUGCGCAGACUUGGGUGAGUGCGGCUUUGACGAAUGAGGACACGUGUCUUGAUGGGUUUGAAGGAGUUGACGGGAAAGUGAAAUCGGAUGUGAAGAGGAAGAUCACAAAUGUGGCUAAGGUUACCAGUAAUGCUUUGUACAUGAUUAAUAGGCUUGACGAGAGUCGUGGAAGGCACCGGUCGAAUCCUUGAUGGUGAUGAUGAUGGACGACUGUGAUUUAGCUGGCUUAUCAUGCUUAUUGUGUUCUCUUUUUUUUUUUUUUAGAGUUUGUGUUAUUUUUUAUUUUUUCUUGUUUUUGCUGAAUCUGUAUGUAAUAUUUUUCUACUUAUAUAUAUAUAUAUAAUAUUAGCAGAGAA